AGAAAGACGCCACGCCAUCGAGCUCCCACGUUUGUUGACCGAGACCUAACCGAACUUGGUUCGGACCAGGAGGGUCACCACCUUUCCUCUUCUUCCUUCGUCGGCGGCGAUUUGCAGAGGGAAGGUGGGGAGGGAUUGAAGUUCCGAGUCCGACCGUGUCGGAGUGGUACCGCUGGCGUCUGACGUCUGGAAGAGGCUUUUCCCGAGUACGAGGGCGGGGAAUAGCGGCCGCCGGAGAAGGGUGACUAUGGCGUGGGACGGAAACCUCUUCAAGUUCUGCUCGGGGCUGCGGGUGCUCGGCUACCUUAUGAUCCUGCUCGUCGGGGGUAUCGUCGCCGUCUCGUAUGACGCUGUCGUCGUCGUCACCUGCGGCUCUCUGCUGCGACUCGGUGGCGUCAGGUGCGCUCUCUCCGUCGUCAUCAUCGCCGUCUUUCAUCUGCUGCUCCUUUUGCUGUUAUGGAGCUAUUUUUUGGUAGUCUUCACAGAUCCGGGCUCCGUUCCACAAAAUUGGCAGCCAAUGGCAGACGAAAAUCCAGUGGUUGCAAGUUCAACAGCUUCUUCAGAGUAUGCAGACCUAGAAAUCAGGUCUUCUGGAUGGUCUCCAUCUGGUGAGCCAACUCGAAGACCUGGAAUACGCUAUUGUAAUAGCUGCCAGAAUGUCAAGCCACCUCGCUGUCAUCAUUGCUCUGUUUGUCAAAGAUGUGUACUGAAAAUGGAUCAUCACUGUAUAUGGGUUGUCAACUGUGUCGGUGCACGAAACUACAAAUUCUUUCUCCUUUUUCUGCUGUAUACGUUUCUGGAGACCACACUGGACACGCUGGUACUUUUGCCUGAAUUUAUCAGAUUUUUUGGCGAGAUUAAUAGCCAUUCUAGUUCCCCUGGCAACCUUGCUGUGACCUUCCUUGCUUUUGUAAUCAAUCUGGCGUUUGCACUGAGCCUUCUUGGUUUUGUGAUAUUGCAUUUGUCUCUUUUAUUAAGCAAUACAACCACCAUUGAGGUUUACGAGAAGAAGACAGCCAUCGGAUGGAGAUAUGACCUGGGCAAAAGGAAAAACGUAGAACAGGUAUUUGGCAAGAAAAGGGCAUAUUGGCUCCUGCCACUUUACUCAAAGGAAGAUCUAGAAAAGAUACCUGCACUUCAAGGUUUGGAAUUCCCCAUCCGUUCAGAUGCAGAGGUUUGAGCUGCAUGCUCUGUGUAUUAGUUAUUUGUAUCAUCAUUCAUUGUAUCUUUAAGUUGUUACAAAUAUUAGCUAUUAAUAUUCAUAAAUACAAAUUGUUGAUUUUAUUAUGCA